CAGCAGUACAGAUGACUGGUCAAAUAAAUUACCACUCUGGCGUAGAGCAUUCUCUCUCAGAGCUAAGGAUUGUGCUGCUGGGAUGCAGAAAUGCUGGGAAGAGUUCAGCAGGAAACACCAUCCUGAACAGAGAGGAGUUUGAGUUAAAGAGAACUGCUCAGUGUGUGAAGAGACAGAGAGAAGUAGCAGGGAGACACAUCACUGUGGUUGAAGCUCCAGGAUGGUGGAACAGCACACCUGUAGAGGAGAGCACUGAGUUACUGAAACAGGAGAUUGUACUCAGUGUGUCUCUGUGUCCUCCAGGACCUCACUGUCUGCUACUAGUCAUAUCUACUGCUAUAGCAUUCAAAAAGAGACAUCGAGAGGUUUUAGAGGGAUAUCUUAAGCUUCUUGGCGAUACAGUUUGGAAGAACACUAUAGUGCUGUUCACCUGUGGUGAUUUUCUUUUAGACACACCCAUAGAGCAGCACAUUGAGAGUGGAGGGAAGGAGCUCCAAGAGCUGGUUGAGAAAUGUGGGAACAGGUAUCAUGUUCUCAACAGUAAGAUCUUGAACAGUGAAGGCACAAAGCUGCUGGACAAGAUAAAGGAGAUGGUAGCAGCAAACAGUGGAUGCUAUUUUGACAUAGGCAGAAGGAUUUUACAUGAAGUGGAAGAGGAGAGGAGAGCAGAGGAAGAGAGAACAAUAAAGCAAAUGAUGAAGCACCAGAAACAGAAAGAGCACGUCAGAUCAUGGAUGGGAAUCUCAGGCCAUUUCAGGCACUUGGUAAACACAUCCAUAGAGCAAAACAUUAAUAUUGAAGGGAAGGAGCUUCAGUGGCUGGGUGAGAAAUACAGAUACAGGCAUCAUGUUCUCAACAAUGAGAACAGGAGUGAUGACACUCAGGUCACAGAGCUGCUGGAGAAGAUAGAGGAGAUGGUGGCAGCAAACAGUGGACGCCAUUUUGAAAUGGACAGAAAGAUUCUUCAGGGGGUGGAAGAGAAAAGGAGAGCAGAGGAAGAGAGAGCAAAAGAGAGGAUGAUGAAGGUGCAGAAACACAGAGAAGACCUCAGAUCACACAUGUGUGAUGCCCUCCAUCUUUCAGAUCUGAGGAUUGUGCUGCUAGGGUACAUAUAUUCUGGGAAGAGUUCAGUAGGAAACAUCAUCCUGAACAGAGAGGAGUUUGAGUUAAAGAGAACUGCUCGGUGUGUGAAGAGACAGAGAGAAGUAGCAGGGAGACACAUCACUGUGAUUGAAGCUCCAGGAUGGUUUUGGAAUGAACUUGUUGAUGAGAGCACUGAGUUACUGAAACAGGAGAUUGUACUCAGUGUGUCUCUCUGUCCUCCAGGACCUCAUGCUGUACUGCUGAUUAUACGUGUAGACACUGUGAAUACAAAAGCCAAUAGAAAAAUAUUAGAUGGAUAUUUGGAACUUCUCACUGAUACAGUGUGGAGUCACACUAUAGUGUUGUUCACUUUUGGAGAUUGGCUGGGAGACACACCCAUAGAGCAGCACAUUGAGAGUGAAGUGAAGGAGCUCCAGUGGCUGGUUGAGAAAUGUGGGAACAGAUAUCAUGUUCUCAACAAUGAGAACAGGAGUGAUGACACUCAGGUCACAGAGCUGCUGGAAAAGAUAGAGGAGAUGGUGGCAGCAAACAGUGGACGCCAUUUUGAAGUAGACAGAAAGAUUCUACAGGAGGUGGAAGAGAAGAGGAGAGCAGAGGAAGAGAGAGCUAAAGAGAGGAUGAUGAAGGUGCAGAAGCAGAGAAAAGAACUUAGAUCACACACGUGUGACACCUACCAUCUCUCAGAGCUGAGGAUCGUGCUGCUGGGGUGCAGAUAUGCUGGCAAGAGCUCGGUAGGAAACACCAUCCUAAAGAGAGAGGAGUUUGAGUUAAAGACAACUGCUCAGUGUGUGAAGAGACAGGGAGACGUUGCAGGGAGACACAUCACUGUGGUUGAAGCUCCAGGAUGGUGGAUUAAUAGACCUGUAGAGGAGAGCGCUGAGUUACUGAAACAGGAGAUUGUGCUCUGUGUGUCUCUCUGUCCUCCAGGCCCGAAUGCUGUACUACUGACCAUACGUGUGGACACAAUGUUUAAUAGGAAUGGGAGAAAAAUAAUAGAAGGAUACUUAAAACUUUUCACUGAGAGAGUGUGGCAUCACACUCUAGUGUUGUUCACCUUUGGAGACUUUCUGUUAGACACACCCAUAGAACAGUACAUUGAGAGUGAAGUGAAGGAGCUCCAGUGGCUGGUUGAGAAAUGUGGGAACAGGUAUCAUGUUCUCAACAAUGAGAACAGGAGUGAUGACACUCAGGUCACAGAGCUGCUGGAGAAGAUAGAGGAGAUGGUGGCAGCAAACAGUGGAUGCCAUUUUGAAUUGGAUAGAACUGUUCUACUUGAUUUGGUAAAUAAAAGGGCAGCAGAAAAAAGGAGAGCAAAAGAAAGGAUGAUGAAGGUGCAAAACAAAAGAGAAGACCUUAGAUCACACAUGUGUCACUCACACUGUCUCUCAGAGCUAAGGAUUGUGCUGCUGGGGUACAGAAACGCUGGGAAGAGUUCAGCAGGAAACACCAUCCUGAACAGAGAGGAGUUUGAGUUAAAGAGAACUGCUCAGUGUGUGAAGAGACAGAGAGAAGUAGCAGGGAGACACAUCACUGUGAUUGAAGCUCCAGGAUGGUGGAAGAAUGAACCUGUGGAGGAGAACACUGAGUUACUGAAACAGGAGAUUGUGCUCAGUGUGUCUCUGUGUCCUCCAGGACCUCACGCUAUACUACUGACCCUACGUGUGGAUACCAUAUUUAAAGAGAGGGAGAGAACAGUAUUAGAAGGGCACUUAAAGCAUCUCACUGAGAGUGAAUGGAGUUAUACUAUUCUGCUGUUCACCUUUGGAGACUGUCUGGGAGACAAAACCAUAGAGCAACACAUUGAGAGUGAAGGUAAGGAUCUCCAGUGGCUGGUUGAGAAAUGUGGGAACAGGUAUCAUGUUCUUAACAAUGAGAACAGGAGUGAUGACACUCAGGUCACAGAGCUGCUGGAGAAGAUAGAGGAGAUGGUGGCAGCAAACAGUGGAUGCCAUUUUGAAAUGGACAGACAGAUUCUACAGGAGGUGGAAGAGGAGAACAGAGAAGACCUUAGAUCACAUGCGUGUAAGUCAUCUCAUGAAUAAAUUCAGUGUUUGGUUAACUUUCACAGUUAGAAUAUGAAUGUGAUGUACAUCAGUGUGAAGAGUAAAAUUCUUGAAUGUAAUCAAGAGGAGAAUUGUUGUCGUUUUUCAGGAGGCCAGUUUCAGACAGACAUCCUGAUCAGCAGUCUGAACUUACUAUCCAAGUGCAUGUCUGUAAAGUCAUACACUAUAUUGCCAAAAGUAUUCAC